AUGGGUGCUCAAACCCCCAUCGGCAAUGUUCCGACACGACCAUACCCCAAUGGGCUUCUCAGACAGAUAGGAUGGUCUAUAAUCUUCCUAUCGGGAUGCUUGCUUCUCAGUCUACCCAAUGUCAGGCACCUGUGGUUCCACCAACCAAGUGAUCCGCCUGAACGAUUCUAUACUCCCUCGGAGUUGAGGAACCAGCCGGAGAAUCUGACAGGUGAUGGAUUAUGGAAGUCACCCUGGCCAUCGAUCACCCCAUCAGAACGGCUUUCAUAUAUCCCAUGCUUCGAAGAUUAUCAAUGCGCCCGCCUCGAAGUCCCCAUAGAUUCGAACAGCACCAAUAACGAGCAAGAAAAGGUCGCACUUGCAAUCAUCAACAUACCCGUGCGGGUACCCAUCACUGAUCCCAGAUAUGGAGGAGCUAUUUUAGUCAACCUAGGUACUACAACUCCAGCAAUCUUCCUGGCAACCGGAGUUAAUAUUUCUCUAGGGGGUCCUGGAGGAUCUGGGAUAGCCACUAUUUUGGCACAAGGUCGACGCUUUCAAAUGACAGUGGACACACAAAUCAUCCCCAAUCUAGCCAAGGUCAGACCAGUUUGUUUCGCAAGCACCCGUUUUACCUCAGUGCUGACAGUCCUUAUGCAGGCUCCUUCUCCAUCAGAUGGACUAUACUACGACAUCAUAGGAUACGACCCUCGUGGUGUCAAUAAUUCUACCCCUCGGUACGAGGGCUUUUCAGAGCCGUACUCCCGCCGGCGCUGGUCUCUGGACAACAACUUGUUUGAUUAA